AUGCAGGCCGUUCAGGAACCCUUCCAACUCGAUUCGCCGUCCCUGGCCGAGCGCGAUGCCCUCACCAAGAAGGAAUCCGACAUCACCGAGGAGUCUCCUAUGCGCCUGCGCAUGGAGAAGUUCAUCAAGGAGCAGCAACAGAUCAUCGUGAAGGAGCUCGAAAAGGUUGACGGAGGAAAGUUCCGCAAGGACGAGUGGACUCGUAAGGAGGGCGGCGGUGGCAUCACCUGCGUGCUGCAGGACAGCAAUGUCUUCGAGAAGGGUGGCGUCGGUGUGUCUGUCGUCUACGGCACCCUCCCCAAGCCCGCAAUUGCUAAGAUGCGCGCCAACCACAAGAACCUUGAUGACAGCGUCGACGCCCUCCCCUUCUUUGCCGCCGGCCUGAGCAUGGUUCUGCACCCCAAGAACCCCAUGGCCCCGACCGUCCACCUCAACUACCGCUACUUCGAGACAGCCCAUCCUGAUGGCACCUCCAACGCCUGGUGGUUCGGCGGCGGCAGCGACUUGACACCCUCCUACCUUUUCGACGAGGACGCAGUCCACUUCCACAAGACGAUCAAGGAGACAUGCGACGCCCACGACAAGAGCUACUAUCCGCGCUUCAAGAAGUGGUGUGACGAGUACUUCUAUAACAAGCACCGCGGCGAGUGCCGUGGCGUCGGCGGCAUCUUUUUCGACGACCUCGACGAGACCGAGAAGGACCGUGACAACACCUUUGCCUUCAUUCAGGACUGUCUCAAGUCCUUCCUGCCCGGCUACCUCCCCAUCCUCGAGAAGCGCAAGGACAUGCCCUUCACCGAGGCGGAGAAGGACUGGCAACAGAUCCGUCGCGGCAAGUACGUCGAGUUCAACUUGGUUCACGACCGUGGUACCGCCUUUGGUCUGAACACCCCUGGCUCAAGAGUCGAGAGUAUCCUGAUGAGUUUGCCCCUGACUGCAAGCUGGAAGUACAUGCAUGAGCCCGAGCCGAACAGCCGCGAGCAGCGCCUCGUAGACGUUGUGAGGUCGCCCAAGGAAUGGUACACCAUGAGCCCAUCACAACCAACACCUCGCGCUGUCCUCACGAGCCUCAUAAACACUCUUACAGCAUCACCGCUACCCCCGCUGCCACAGCCCGGCAGCAAUCCGCUCAAAUCCCUUCCUCAGUCCCAGCGUCCGAUACUGGUAACCCUCCACGUCCUCUUCCCUUCGCUCGUCCUUCCCGCUCUGGAUCUUCUCGACCGCAACCUGGUAACCCGGGUCGUAAAAGUCGACGCACUUCCCUACAACAGCGAUACCGAUACCGACGACGAGGACCAAGUCCCCAACGCCGCCGCCGGCGGGGACCCCGCCAUCAACCCCGCAGACCACCACCACCACCACCACCACCACCACCCGCCGUCCUUCACCUCCAAUUCCGACGACCAGGAUGCAAACGACCGGGAUGAGGCGACAGCCGGCCCCAACCGCGACGAGCCGGCAGCAUUCCACCUUGUCCGCUCCGUCGCGUCCACCUUCCGCCGCAACCAGUCGGGUGCCAUGACAACUUCCACGGCGACAACAUAUCUCGUCCAGCUGGACGCGUGGAACUGCACCUGCGCCAAUUUCGCCUUUGAGGCGUUCCCCGCCGGCACUGAGAGCGACUUAGAGAUUUUGGGCGCUGAUGCGGUGGAGGAUGAGAUCGAUGUGUCGCCUGAUUGGCAAUUCGGGGGUCUAAGUCUUGAUGGGAAGGAUUCUGGCGGGGUGCCGUGUUGCAAGCAUCUGCUUGCCUGUUUGCUGGCAGAGCAGUGGUGUGACGUUCUCGGGAGCUAUGCUUUGGAGAAGAGGUUGGAUCGGGAGGAGAUUGCGGGAACAAUUGGGGAUUUGUAA